AUGGAUUCCACCAACAAACUCCCAGCUCUUUUGCUCCUCUUCAUCCUUUUCACAUCCUCCUUCACCCCACUGUUCGCCGGCGCCACCGUGGACCCAGCCUGCAGUUCCUGCUCGGACCAGCACAAGUCUCACCACCACCCCAAAGACCCCCACCACAAGCCCAAUCAUCCCAAGCAUCCGGGCCAUCCCAAACAUCCUGGCCAUCCCUCCCCCUGCCCGCCCGUCGGCCCGGUGACUCCAACCCCAGUCCCGGUGCCGCCAACACCAACACCAACACCGGUGCCACCUACACCAUUGCCGCCGGUUCCGGUGACUCCUACACCGGUGACUCCGACACCGGUGACACCGGCACCGCCAGUAGCACAAUGCCCGGUUGAUACUUUGAAGCUGGGGGCCUGCGUGGACCUAUUGGGCGGGCUGGUGCAUAUCGGGCUGGGCGACCCUGUUGUGAACCAGUGCUGUCCUUUAAUUCAUGGACUAGUGGAGCUGGAGGCUGCGGUUUGCCUCUGUACUACCAUAAAGCUGAAGCUUCUGAAUAUCAAUAUAUAUCUUCCUCUUGCCCUUCAGCUGCUUCUUACUUGCGGCAAGACUCCUCCGCCGGGUUUUACUUGCACUCUUUGA